GAGGGGCCUCCAGGACCACACAUCUGGAAUCCAGGAUCAAAGAACUGGAGCCCAACUUCAGUUAAAGGGAAGCAGCCAGCAUUUUGCCUCUCGACGGCCAUGAUGACUCCACAGAGGAUCUGUUCAUUGAUUCUGCUCUUGGUGCUAACCCUGCUGGGGCUGGGGCUGGUGCAGCCCUCCUCUGGCCAGGAUUUCAUGUACCAGCGGUUCCUGCGGCAACACGUGGAUCCGGAGGGCGCAGGGGGCAGUAAUGCCUACUGCAACAUUAUGAUGCAAAGACGGAAGAUGACUUCGUACCAGUGCAAGCGCGUCAACACCUUCAUCCAUGAAAACAUCUGGAACAUUCGUAGUAUCUGCAGUACCCCUAGGGUCCAGUGCAAGAACGGCCUGAUGAACUGCCAUGAGGGUGUAGUGAGGGUCACAGACUGCAGGGAGACAGGAGAUUCCAGGGCGCCUAACUGCAGAUAUCGGGCCACAGCCAGCAUAAGGCGUGUUGUCGUUGCCUGUGAGGGUCACCCCGAGGUGCCUGUGCACUUUGAUAAAUAGAUGCCACCCUGCAGUAGUUACAGCACAGCAUUUGACCUUCAAAUGACUCCUUGAAUGGUAAUGAGCCAUGCAUCUCUGUUGUCCCAGUUCUAACUCCUGGGCUUGAUUCUUACUGUGUUCUUUGUAUAACCCAUUCCACUGAAUGCAUUCCAUGGAAGAGAGAUGCAGACAUAAAGCUGCCACAAGCCUGGUCUUUUCUAUAACAAGCUAUUAUCAUGCUGCCAAGCAUAAUGCUCUUAGAGCCUCUACUCUGGAAGUUCGUCACUAUACAUAUUGAUAUAGAAGUUCAAACUUUUCCAAGUGCUUUCAUCUCUAUUAUCUCAUUUUCAUCACACAGCACCCCUAUGAUGCUGGUGAUGCCAUUAUAUCUGGAAGUCAGAAGUUAAGGGAUCUCAUGAGCUCCAUAAAGUUAUAGCAUCAUGAAUUGGAACUGACUUGAUAGCACCUAACAACAACAACAACAACAACAACAACAACAACAAAACGUGCAUGGGAGAGCUGAGACAAAAGCCCAUUUUGGCUGGCUACUCAUCCAGGACUUUUCCCAUCCAUUCCCAAGCAGCGUUUAUUAUUAUUUUUAAGAUAUCUGCUUUUUGUCAUCCCCCAAAGAGUCAGCGAUUGAGGGCAGCUUUCAAAAAAUUGGAAACAUAUAGCGGCCACAUGCGAGUUUGGCCCAUGAAAUUCAGCAGCGUUCUGACAUUUGGGUCUGAUAAGAUACAAACUCAGUACAAGGGAUUUUUUUUUCUUCACCCAAGCUUUUGAAUCGCCCUGGCAAGUCAGUGGAUCGAAAGCACGCUGGGUCCCUGUUGCUGAUGGAAAGGCUGUGCAUGUUUUUCCUGGAAUAAAGGACUUACACUGCAGGUGUCUGAGAAGACUA